AGCAGGGCCGCUAUAAAAGGGACCGGAGAGAGACCGGAGACACCAAGAAGUCAGGAAAGAAGUGAGAAGAAGCUCAGCAUCCGCAGGAAAGAAAAUGUCCGACACAGCAGUUGCGACCCCCGUGGACAAGAAGGGCCCCCCCAGGUUCAAGCAGAGGACCGCACGCACCUUCAAGAGCAAGGCCCCCAAACCUGGCCAGAAGGGGUUUGGAGAUGACAUCCCUGGCAUGGAGGGUCUGGGCACAGACAUCACGGUGGUCUGUCCCUGGGAGGCCUUUGGGGACAUGGAGCUCAGUGACCUGGCCAAGUAUGGAAUUGUCUAGAAGGAAUCUAGAAGGACACUACAAUAAUUCUAGAAGGACUCUAGAAGGAUUCUAGAAGGAAUCUUCACGCGUGUUUCUGCCAUGGACCACCUCAAACACGUCCUCUGCUCGAACCCUGCACUCCAUCCAGCGACCCACUGUACCACCGCACUACCUGAUGGUUGAUGUCCUCCACACAUAGGACUCAUGCACACUUUGUGUAGACCUCACACUACAUACAUCUUGUACUGUAACUUAAUACUUCAAUACUAUUGUACCUUGUGAUAUUUAUACAUAAUAUUGUACUGUGUGAUAAUACAUCAAUAUUAUAGUACUGUAUAAUAUUGUUAAUGAAUAUUAUAGUACUGUAUGAGAUUGAUGAACACAUGAAUAUUAUAGUACUGUAUGAUAUUGAUACAUGAAUAUUAUAUAUAGUACAGUAUAAUAUUGAUACAUAAAUAUUAUAGUACUGUAUGAUAUUGAUACAUUAUAUAUAGUACAGUAUAAAAUUGAUACAUGAAUAUUAUAGUACUAUAUGAUAUUGAUACAUGAAUAUUACAGUACUGUAUAAUAUUGAUAAUGAAUAUUACAGUACUGUAUGAUAUUGAUGCAUGAAUAUUACAGUGCUGUAUAAUAUUGAUAAUGAAUAUUACAGUACUGUAUAAUAUUGAUAAUAUUACAGUACUGUAUGAUAUUGAUAAUGAAUAUUACAGUACUGCAUAUAGCAUAAGAUGAUCAUCACGUGAUCAUUUUGGAGCAGGAUUGCCUCCCAAACUCUUUCCUCUUUUUCCUGCCUUUAACGCUGCAUGACCUCUGACCCCUGACCCCUGACCUCCUGGGACCUAUGACUUACUGUACAGAUGUUUGUGAAAGAUACAUUUCUAUUUUUAUGAGUGACUCCAUGAAUGAAUGAAUGUCAGACGUCAAUAAAGUUUGGUGUUCCCUGAAA